GUUCAAGGAGAAGCACAUCAAGGACAUCACCGCGCCGCCACAAGAGUUCCACGGCAGAGGAGGCACCAUCACCAUCGAGCAGGGCGUCACGAAGCUGAAGUGGCGAGCCACCAUGACGAAGGUGGCCCAAUGGGUCAAGCAGGAGAUCUUGAACACGCCAUCUCGCUUCACCCCGAUAGUCAUAAUGGACCUCAAUGGCCGCUUCGCCGCAGGCCCCGACGGCGAUGAGACAUUUGGCCAGUUCCUGACGGGCAAGGAGGGCGAAGCUGGCAAACUCUACCACCACACACUAGCCAACACGUACAUGGCGGUUGCGAACACUUACUACGACACGGGCCCCGCCUACGACGGAAGCCACCCCUCGGUCACGGAUUACAUCGACAUCCCCACGGGCUUGGUCAAGGGCCACAAGCCGCUGAUCAUCAAGCUCGAGGCUCCGCCCGCCUACCACACCGCUUCCAAGGCCUUCCAGACCAUGGGCCGCGACGCCAUCGCACUGGGACUCAAGGAGGGCCACAAGCGGACAGGAUUCCUGGAGAGCUUGGGGCACAACCUCAGCACCCACGCCGACCUGCUGGACGAGUACCUCACGCAGGAGGACCGCACUUACCACUGGGGCCUCACCAUGCAGUGCUUCCGCGACGCCGCCUUGGAGCACUUCGCCGUCGCCUAUAGCGGACCCGACUGGCACCGCGAAGCUCGAGGGCACAAGCUCCAACUCCACAAAGAACGCGCCCAGCUUCGGCAGCGCUUGCACGCCCGCGAGGACCACCCCGACGCCAACGAG